AUGUAUCAUCACAGUCUUCGUCAAGAUGUUUUUAUAAAGGACGAGUACCAUUAUUUAAACGUUUCUAAAGUUGGAACGUUUACAGUGUAUGACAGCCUUGACUGCACCUUUGAAUGCCUCGGCAAUCCUUCCUGUCUGUCCUUCAACCUGGCAGCUUCCAAAGGAGCAGAUGGAAAGUUGCGGUGUGAGUUGUUAUCCUCAGAAAAGUACAGCAGUCCUGAGGAAUAUAAAAGGAACGAGAGUUUUCAUCACUUUUCCAUCAAGGUGGGGUAAAAUCUUUGCAUAGAGUUUAUUAAAGUAAGAUAUUUUUUGAUAUCCCAGUCUAUGCGACUUUUAAGAGCGUGUCUCCGUAAAAACCGACCAGUGAUUUUGGAUCAAAAAAUUAAUUUCCCUUAUAUUCUGGGAUAUUAAAGCCUUCACCUUAGUAGUUACAAAAAUACAUUUCGUUUGACCGAAAGUGAUAAAUAUAUUUUUUUACGAAUUUUUGAAUUUCCGGACGAUUAGCGCUGGCGUCAUAGCCUUUCAAACUGCAAAAAUCGCUAAUAUUGACCUCGCUCUAGAAAACGAACAACGCGCUCAAAAAGCCUGAUUUUCUUUUCCGUAUACAGAUACACCACUGUAGAUUUCCUAGCCAUAUCACAGUUCCGAAUUAUUCGUUUAUUUCAACGGCAAUGAUAUUUUCCCCAGCACGUGUUUUCGGCUUUCCAUCAAAACGCGAAAGUAGCUCAACUUUGAGGGUAAUUUUAAAAAGUGUGGCACCUGUCUGAACUUCGCUAUCUGUAUGAAUACAAUCUAGGAAUGAUAAUAAAACACAAAAAGGAAUAACAUUUUUGUGCUCUCCACGUUUUCAGAAGAGACCGCCGUUUGAAUUUCCAGAAAUUUCGUAAACUUGAUAAUUAACGAACACUCGCCUUGUCGAUCUGCUUGUCAAGGUCCAACUUCAUUUGAUGACGUGAUAUAUCUUAUCCAAGUUCUUUCACAUUUUAAGGUUAUUUCUCAAUCAUCUGAAACUAUAUUGGCCGUUGAUUCCAUGUCCUUUGUCCGUUUAAAGAAGUUAUCUGGUUUACAAAAUGGCAGCCAUCCGCGAGCGUGACUGGUUCGUGACACCGUCCUGAAAGGUCUUUUGCUAAAAUUAGUUGGGUGCAAUCUUAUUCAUUGAGAUUAUACUCUUCAAGACAUCGCAGUGAAAUUUGUAGGGCAAAUAAAACACGUUCCUUUGCAAAUACGACGCGAUGAGUCGCUGACAAAGCGUUUUAACCAAGUCUUCUGACAAACUUGAAAAAUGCGUGACUUUGUAUUUCAUCCCCAGUUCCCCUGCAUUGGGUGAUGACCUGAACAAAUACUAGCUCGUUCACUUGUUUAUUAACUUCUUAGGUUGUAAUGUCCCUCUUGGUUUUUGUAGAGGAUAUUUUUGCUCCUGAAGUAGCCGCUUUAACUCUGAAAACAUCGAAUUUUUUGUUUAAAACCUGUCCUUCAACGGCAUCUUUUAUCUAGUUUGUAUAAAAGUAAUAGAGAGCGUCAUCAGUUGCGAGCGUGACACGGUUGUUUCGUUACAUUUUCUGUAAAGUUCGAUGUAAUUAACAUUGAAUCGCCAUACUUCGAUACAUUUUCUUCUUCAGCUUAACAUAAACGCACUGACAAAAAUGGUUCAACACAUUUCAGCUAAGAGAAUUGAGAAACCAUGGCCACGCUACUACAGUUUCCACGUCCUUCCCAGGACCCCACGCUGCGCGGAAAUUCAUUGAACUGGACCCUGGCAUUCACAUUCCGUGCUGUUCUCAUAUCCUUUUCAACCUGAACAGGGUCCGCCUUGCGGCCAGUUCGCUCAUCAAUUUCAAACUUGGCUGUAAGAUAUUCUUUAACCUCACGAGAAAACCGGAUGGAACCUGCGUGGGCCUUGCUUAGUGCCCAUCCCAUCUGCAGGGUUUCUACGUCAGUUGAUGAUUCGGACGCCAACAUAAAUGGUGUAGAUUUUUUCACAGCCACAUCCACUGAUGUAAAUUUUGUUGCCCAGUCCUUUCUGAUCUUGUUUACUCAAGUCUGGGCUUAGAGAAGAUAAUGUCACAGUUUUUCAAAUUUCAAUGACCAUGAAAGUCAGAGUCCGGGUUUUUUAGUUAAUCAAUUGUGGCUCUGAAAAAAAAUUUGAAGCAAAAAAACUACGAAUUUUUAAGAAAAUGCUGUUUUCGUGAGAAGGCUCUUAAACGCUGACAAACGUCAACAAAUAGCAAAAACUAUAAUUUCUAUAUGUUUGCUUUGCUCGAAAUCGCGCGCAUUUACAAGGCCCUAAAGCUCUUUGCUGACUUGCAAGGACCCAUGUGUUAUAACGAUGCCCAGAAUAAAGAGAUGAAUCUCAUAGUUUAUUAGAUAUAAUCGUGUACAGUUUGCUUAUCAUUUUCGCAUAAAUUAUGACCUAAAUUUGGAAACCGCUGAAUUUCUCGAAUUGGGUCUUUGCGAUUUUGGUUGGGCAAGGCACUAAUGCGCACUAUGUGUAGCCGAGAAAUUUUCACGAAAAAAUACCGGCAACAGCAGAUUUUUGACUCAGACCUCAAAGGGGCGUGGCAUUAUAACCACAUGACAUUUACUCCGAUCGCCAAAAAUUUUAUCUUAUAUUGUAGAUUGAUCUAUACGUUAUACAUUCUAUGUGUUAGACUUACGAUAAAAGUAAAGGUGGGGAUACCAGAGAGCUUCAAAGUAGGAUGGUACCCCCAAAAAAAAAACUGGGUCGAGUCACCUUAAACUCACCUUGUCUCUUCAUAUUCCCCUAAUUUAUCACUCUCAGUGUUUUCCCCUCGCCAACGUUUAUUUUCCUCAUAUUUUUGUCUUUGCUUCUUGACACAAGUAGUGCAAAUUGCUGUGCAUUAAAAAGUAUCACAAUGAUGACUUUAACUUUUAGUCAAAGUCGAUUCGUAGCGUAAAACUUAUUUUUAGAACCAACACUGAAUUGAUAAUUGACAACUGGCAAAAUAAACUCAAAGCAGUUUUUAAUCUCGCGGUUAGGUCUUGAGGUGUCGGAAAAAUAGUUUUCAGGAUAUAGCAUAUAGCAGGGUUAAAAAACGUUUCAAAUACAAAAUCCCCGAUACUCACAAAAUAGGGUUUUUAAAGAAGGGGAACAUUGCCAAGUGUUUCGCAUAAUUUCGUGGGUCACGUGCAUGUAGGCUACUUUACCGAAAUUAUCUCUUACUUUGAAAAAUAGAACGCUAUGAAUCAACGUAAAAAAUAGACAGUCCUGUAAAGACAUUCUAAGCACCUUUUAAAUCUCGCAAAAAUCCAGGAAUACUUGUGUAUUUUUGAACGUCUGUGUUGUAACAAAUAUACUUGUCCUAAUUAUACUAACGUGCUUGACCAAACAAUGUAAAACAAGAAUGUUCAUUUCAUACUUGUUAUUUACUCAAUCCAAGAUUUCUACACUUACAUCGUGGCACUGUUGCCAAAAAAUAUAACUGGUUAUGAUAUAAAUAGCCGGAAAAAUAAACACCUUAUGGAACGAUUCCCUUUCAAGGUUUUACAACAACGUUGAAUGGUUAUUCCCUCGACCUUCUCUUUUAGUCUUUAUUUAUAAUUAGAUUUAAAGUUUGUUACACAAUUCGGAAUACUUGACCAUGACAUUUACCUUGGUUUUAAGAGUUCUUUUAUUCUAUUGAAAGUUAAAAAGUAAAGGCGCCUCACAUACGUCGGUACUUCGAAAUGAUCAUUUCAUCAUUAUCUGAAAGACAAACCUUUUUAAACGCCCUCUUCAUCAGUACUCCGUUUUACGGGUAUUUAAGCUACUUGAAGCUACACGGAAAGAAUUUCUCACACCUGGCCAUGGACAUCAAUCUCAAGACCUCUCACACAGAAGACUCCAAGGGCUACGCAAUAACCAACUGUGUCAAUCGUUGCUCCUCAAAAAAGGGAAAACGUAAAAUAUUGUGUAGUAGAAUGCUUACCUGACCCAAUGGGAAUUGUGAUUCCAAAAAUUGCGUGAAUAUUCUUGGACAUCUCCAAGUUGAUAACAUGAUUAUUUUUUAGCUUUUUCCUUGCUCCUGAAUGAAGAGGAUAUCGACAUGUCCUCAAAGGACGCCAGUUGCGACCCAAAUUAUGUCUGUGUUUUGGACACACGAACAUUUCUUCUUGCCGGUGUUUUGGCACAUCGAAUAGCCCCGCCCUGACUAGUAUCAGUUCGUACUCCAUCAUUCCAGAUAGUUUUGAAAGAUGGCAUGUCUUCAAGUGGAUCGUUAUAUCUUCCUGGCAUUCUCGCAACCUACAUACUGUAUCCGAACCUCGAAAACCUCCACAACUAGAUUUUCCGAAGCCCGAGAAAGAACACUUUACUGUAUCAGUAGCCAUGUUACCCCUUGUUUGAUUUGUGUCCAGUCCAGAAGGACUGGGGAUGAAAUACAAAAAGUCACGCAAAUUUCAACUUUAAUCUGAACUGGUUUAAAUCGCCUUGUUAGCGACUCGUCGCGUUUUAUUUGCAAAGAAAAGUGUUUUAUUUGCUCUACAAAUUUCCCCGCGAUGUCUUAAAGAGUAAUCUCAAUGAACAAGAUUGCAUCCAACUAAUUUUAGCAAAAGACCUUUCAGGACGGUGUCACGAACCAGUCACGCUGGCGGAUACUGCCAUUUUAUAAACAAGAUAACUUCUUAAAACGGACCAAGGACAUGGAAUCAACGGCCAAUAUAGUUUCAGAUGAUUAAGAAAUAACCUUAAAAUGUGAAAGAACUUGGAUAAGACCCAUCAAGCCAUCAAAUGAAGUUGGACUUUGACAAGAAGAUCGACAAGGCGAGUGUUCGUUAAUUAUCUGGUUUACGAAAUUUCUGGAAAUUCAAACGGCGGCCUAUUCUGAAAACGUGGAGAGCACAAAAAUGUUAUUCCUUGUUGAGUUUUAUUAUCAUUCCUAGAUUGUAUUCAUACAGAUAGCGAAGUUCAGACAGGUGCCACACUUUUUAAAAUUACCCUCAAAGUUGAGCUACUUUCUUGUUUAGAUGGAAAGCCGAAAACACGUGCUGGGGAAAAAAAUCAUUGCCGUUGAAAUAAACAAAUAAUUCGGAACUGUGAUACGGCUAGGAAAUCUACAGUGGUGUAUCUGUAUACGGAAAAGAAAAUCAGUCUUUUUAAGCCAGGUGUUUGUUUUCUAGAGCGCGGUCAAUAUUAGCGAUUUUCGCACUUUGAACGGCUAUGGCGCCGGCGCUGACCGCCCGGAAAUUCAAAAAUUCGUAAAAAAAUAUAUUUAUCACUUUCGGUCAAACGAAAUGCAUUUUUGCAACUACUAAGGUGGAGGCUUAAAUAUCCGAGAAUAUAAGGAAAAUUAAUUUUUUGAUCCAAAAUCACUGGUCGGUUUUUACGGAGACACGCUCUUAAUAACCUGUCACGAACACUAAUCGACGUAGAAGUGACUACUGCACGUAACAAGUCGGGGUUAUUCAGUCGAAUGUCACUUUCUCCUUUUUUUUUCUCUUACUUCUGCCAUCAACACUUUUACGCAAAACGAAAUUACCUUAAUUAUAUGGCAUUUGACAUCAACCUUUUCUUAAACUAUUUCAGACUCCAUGUAUGUCAUCACCUUGUCAGAACGGAGGCACCUGUGUAGCGAACUAUAAGUAUCACUCGUUCGACUGCCGUUGCAAAGAAGGGUUCUAUGGAGAAUUUUGCGAAGAAGGUAAUUGAUAUUUAGACCGGGACCCCCGUUCAAGUUAGGACAACCCAACUUAGCGGCUUUACCUAAAAUUUAUCUUGGAAAAUUUUAAAGGCGUUGUGACGUGUACGUCAACAUUGAUGUUACCAUGGCAACCGAGUUUUGACAGCCAUGGUUUUCAGAAUUUGCUUUUUCUCUAAACAAAAUAGGUUUAAAUUCAUUUCUUUUUUAACUGAUUGAUUUAUUACGUUAUCUACUUCUUUUUUACAGUUGCCAAGUCCUCAUGCCAAGAUGUUUAUAAUCAGCUCACAGAAAAGUGGGUAAACCUAUGCAUAGUAAUUUAAUUGAUGAGGAUAGAUCACUUAAAGUCCGGGGGAUCAUUCGGAGUGCGUCAGUACUGUGUUUAUAAGCCAAAAAUCAGCCGUCAGGCCUCAAAAACGGAAUACAAUUGUGUUGCAGGGAAAGUCGAUAUCACUUAAUUAAUUGUCCAGGUUAGAAUUCGUAUCGUGGCUGAUGAAUUCUAUUUCAGCCUUUGUUCUCCACUCUGGAAACUUAGGGUUAUUAGAGACCUAAACUUGUAAAAACUGUUGAAUUUUUAAAACAAAUGAUUGGUACUGUUAAGAUAAUAAAAACCAUAAUCUGUGAACACCACCAUCCUGCAAUGAAGGCCCUCCAGCAAAAAAAGUUGUUGAUGAAAUGCGGUUGAACCCCGCCGUUUCGUUUAAUACGAACACCCGUAUAAAACGAAUGAUUCGUUUGUACCGACAAAAGUUCAGAUAUUUCAGUGCUCAUAAGUAAACCUGGUUAAUAUGGAAAACAAACACUUUUCUUGUGUCCCGAGUCCCAAACUGUCAUAUAAUAAUUAUCGUAAACUUCCCCGGAAGGUCCUCAAUUAAGUUUUAUAGGGCAAGCUUAGCCCUGGGUCUAACUCCUUACGUUUUAUGCCCAUCAUUUUUGCAGAAAAGGUACUCCUUUCGUAUACCAUUCCAUUCGUCUCUAAUGGUUAAAGGUUCGAGUGGCUUGUUGCAGGCACUUCAUCCCCAGGGGGUACUCAACAAAUUUUUACGGUGAUAAUCCCUGCCCCAAGGUCCACGUCCUUACUUUUUCACAUACCUUUUGGCGGUUGAGGGGUGGAGUGGCUUGUUACAGGCACUUUAUCCCCAGGGGUUACUCAACAAAUUUUUACGGUGAUAAUCCCUGCCCCGAGGUCCACGUCCUUACCUUUUCACAUACCUUUUGUCGGUUGAGGGAUGGAGUGGCUUGUUACAGGCACUUUAUCCCCAGGGGGUACUCAACAAAUUUUUACGGUGAUAAUCCCUGCCCCGAGGUCCACGUCCUUACCUUUUCACAUACCUUUUGGCGGUUGAGGGGUGGAGUGGCUUGUUACAGGCAUUUUAAAAUGAGCUCAGACCAUACAAGGGCCAAUGGGAAGAAAGACUACCUUAUCAAAAUCAAACCUGCACGCUAUUUUAAUUGGAGUUUCUUUUUUUUAGUAACAAAAUCGUAUUAACCCACAGAAAUCUGUAAUUAUUUGAAAAAGGUUCAUUGUAUGCAAUUAGUGCGUGGUUGUGACAAGGAAAUAGACCGUGGCAGCUAUAGGUAGCCAGUGGUCACCAGUGUCCAUAAAGCGGGGUUGACGACAUGAGAUUUUAAGUCUUCGGAACACAGAAAAGUGUCCGUUCUCCGUCUCAACCGUUGUCCUUAUUAAACGGGUUGGAGAAAGUACGUGAGCUUCAAUAAUCAAAACAUGCAAAACUGACUACUGAAUAUCUGUGUAACAUGUUCUGAGUAGUUGUCAAGAAAAACCAAUCCAAGUCUUACAUGUAGCUCGCGCGUAAAACAGGGGUCCUUUGCCGUCAGAUGGGAAAAACAUCAUGCGCACCUUUUUCGCGGUUUUUCGGUCGCCCCUUUCGCCUUCCCUCUGAACAUCUGCUACGCUGUUUAGCCAUCUUCGAUGUCCGAAUUUAAUUGCUACAGAACACUUUAGUCAAAUACACUUUAUUAAAGUUAGGUGAAGAGCAUGCAGCACAGCUUGGUAUUAUAAUGCAAAAAUAAAUAUCAACCUGUGCUUGAGGUGAAAUUAUAUCAGUCCAAAGUACAUUAAUCGUGUAGUAGCUCCUAGUAACAUGAUGGGGAACCUGGCAAAUUUAGAUUUGACUGAGAUUGUACUGAAUUCCAUUCAUUUAUUUUUGUAAGAAAAAGAGAACCUUUUUUUUUUUACAACCAGUUAAGGUACAUUCCAUUUUUUUCUCUCCGACAGUUGGGAGCUGGAAAAAUUAAAAUGAGAUUUCAUUUUGUACAGGUUGAACGUGAGUCGGUUGGUCACUCUCCUCCUUGACUCCAAACUAGUUUCAGUUCUCUGUCACUUUGGAAAUUUUGGAUGCGGCGAUGGAGGAUGGACACCGGUCAUGAAGAUGGACGGCAACAAGGUAAGACAUUUGUGUACGUUUUCCCUUAGUUUGGCGACGAGAGUGGAAAAAAAAAAUAAAUACAGGUUUGCCUCUGUCAGAGGUAUAAUUUUCAACAGGGGCACCCAACGAGGAUAUAGUUCAAAACCACUUAACAUAGCAUUGUUGAACGUAUUUUAGUUUUCAAACGGUAGAUAUAGGCAUAUUUUUAUCCCCUAAAAACGUUUCAUCUGUUCGGAUUUCCUAGCUGAAAAUCUAGUGAUCCGAAAAUGAUAGGGAUAAAAACUUACCUUUUUAUUCUAUCGGUGACCAUUAACGUCAUUUUGCGUGCUGUGGCUAAAUUGUCAUUUUAUAAAGCUGGAGAAGUGAGGACAUUGCAGAUAUUCUUUUCAUUGUAAUGGAUCUUUCAUUCUUUCUUUUUUCUUCUCCUGAAAGGAUGUUAUCUUUAGAAGAAAAAAGAAGCUUAAAUUUCAACUUUUCUUUUUAAAGGACAUUUUUGCUAUUUCUUCCUCCUUUCUACCACAGCAAAUAUUUCAUUACGAAACAGCCUUUUGGAGAAACAAAGAAACCUUUCACCCUGACGGAGGGAAAACUGGGUUUGACUCACAGGAAACCAAACUUCCCUCCUACUGGAACACAUCCUUCUCCAAGAUCUGCCUCGGUAUGAAGAUCAACAACCAGACCAAUUUUAUUGUCAUUAACAAGCAGGCGAACUCCUUGUACUCUCUGAUCGCUGAUGGGCAAUAUCGCAGCACCUCACUGGGUCGUGACAAGUGGAUGUCACUGAUUGGUUCUAAUGCCUCAUUGCAGCUGAACUGUAAAAAGGAAGGGUUCAACGCAAAGUGUACCUUGAGUGGCCGUUCCAAAGCAAGAAUCGGUAUUCUCGGCAACGAUCAAACAGAUUGCCAUGAAUGUAACUCCAGAUUGGGGUUUGGGAGUGAAGGGAACUACGAUGAUAGGCGGAACACAUGUGGAAAUUUGGAUAACCACAAAGGAAAAAAG